AAAUGUGUGGCCAUGUGAUUUCAGUUUUCCUACUUAGGAUAUUUAAAGUAUUUUAAGCUUCUUUCUCCUCUGCUGCUUAUCCAGCAGAACAAAAGUGAACAGACUGGAUGUAAUCACUUUGUAUUCUGUCUGUGUUUCUGGGACUGCAAAAAGUGGAGGGUGGAGAAGGUCAGACUGAGGAGAACAUGUAGUACUUCUUUUCUGUAAGGAAAGAUCUGUAUGUAUGAUGGCAUCACACCUGGGAAAUAGCUCAUGAGGUCACAACAAGGCUAGGGAAUGUAAUUCAUAGUCUAGUCACACCUUGGCAUCUUUGCUGGGUUCAGAUGUUUAACAAUUGCAGACCUCUGGCAUCUUUGUCUUUCUGGAAGUACCAGUGGGAAAGGAGAGGUGCUUCACAGGAGCACUGAAGGCUCCAAACUAAAAACUCAUAAACCCAUAAUUUAGGUGCUUGAUGUCCUUAUUCUGCCGGAUCCCUAGGGGUUUAGCAGAAGUUCGAGCCUGUCUGCUUAUUUUCCAAAUCUGCUCACUGUGCUUACAGUCAGUCUCAUUGCUUUCUGUUUCUUUGCAGCUUGCUUGCUACGACCAGGCAAAGCAGUUGGUUCUUGGGACCGGUUUACUUGCUGACAAUAUUUUUACUCAUUUCCUGGCCAGUUUUAUUGCCGGAGGAUGUGCCACAUUCCUGUGUCAGCCCUUGGAUGUGCUAAAAACACGGCUUAUGAAUUCCCAAGGCGAAUAUCGGGGUGUUCUGCACUGUGCAGUGGAGACUGCCAAGCUUGGGCCAUUGGCUUUUUAUAAGGGCCUUGUUCCUGCCGGCAUUCGCUUGAUCCCUCAUACUGUGCUUACCUUUGUCUUCCUGGAGCAGCUACGCAAAUACUUUGGGAUCAAAGUGUUGACCUAAGGGAGAAGGGACCUGCCUUGCUAGAAUUAAAAAAAGAUGGGGAACAGGGACUGUAGAGUCCCAGAAUGGCUGGGUGUCAUAUUCUUUCCCUCCUUGAGGUGCAGGCAAAUCUAAGGUACAGGGCACAAUCUGACAUCUUACAGAAAGCCCUUGUUUGGCACCUGCCAGUCUCAGUUAUUGGCCAGCUCUUCAAUAUGGUGUGGUGCCAACUAGGGUAAUAGCCCAUUGAGAUUUUCUGUGACUAGUUCCAAAUGCCUCUCUUCUCUGCCCAUCAGUACCCAGUACCUUUUCAGUGUCAUAGGCUUGCUAAUAUCACAGCAGUCCUCAUCAGCCUGCAACCUCUCUAUCUCCUGCUAUAAUAGCCAGCCUUCCAACAGCCAUGUCUGCUUUAUUUUUACUAAUAUGCUUUCUUUUGUGCUGUCAUUCAGAAAGACCCCCUUUUUCAGUGGUCUCCUGGUCUCAUGUUUAGGCCAUACCCUACCAUCUGCCUGGACAUUUUUUUCUCCCCAGGCAGAAGGGUGUUGGCCCUUAUGUGGGAAGGAGAUUCUUCAUCACAAGUUCAUCCCUUUCUAAACGUUUACAGUUAGGAAAGGGGUUCUGGUGACUGUCAGGGGCAGCUGACAGCAAUAUCAGGCAGGCAGAGACCUUGACCUUACAGUGUCUCCAAUUAUUAUUCAGUAAUAGGGAGAGAAGGAUGCUCUUCUCACUCUGUCCUGCCUGCUCCCUUUCUCCUACCUCAGUCUCCUUUUACCCUCAGAGCUGCAGUCCAAGGACAAGUGGUCCUAUGUGUUUAUUCCCUGUGAUUGGAAGUAGCAUAGGGAGGUAAUGUCCUUCCACACACCCCAGUCUGUAGCCAGCCUAAUAUCCCUCUUCUCUUUCGACUGCCUCUUUAAGCUCGUUCAGCCAAAGCCUCCUGAAACCAAAGGGCCUUAUACUGAUGAGAGGCUGCCUUGGAACACCUCACUAAGAGGGGACCGGCUUCCUGACUGUGUGUAGAUCUUCUCCCACCCUGCAGAUGGGCAGGGCAGCUGCCUGCUUAAAUCCAGAGAUGGGAGGUUAAAAAUGGUGAGGCCUUGGCACGGUCAGCGAAAGUAGCCUAGCAGAUGGGCUCCUUGUUGUUCCUGUGGGAUAUGGGCUAAGGUGUGAAGUCAGAAGGCCUCCAGUUUUUCAAACUACAAUACAUUUGUUUGUCAAGCUUUUUUCCUGAGCCUUUUUGGUACCACUGGAAGAAGCAUCAAAGGCUGUGGAAUCUUCCCAGAUUGCCGUGCUUUUACUGUGACAUCAUCUAGAUCUGACUGUAAUGUUGAUGUGUUCUUUGUUUCUCUGUCUCUGGAUCCUGUUAAUGAAAUGAUUUUUGAAGGUCCACUGGCUUGCGUUGCCUGCCUCCUCAUCCCCCACCAGCCUGUGAAAGGACUGCUGGCCACAUUCAGUGUGCCAUUCCAGUUGGUGAUUACCUUGCAAAUUCCAAGAAUCAGAGCCAGUGACCAGCACUUUAGGAGUCAUGAAAAUAAAGUGAUUGUGCAAAA